GUCCAUGAAGAGGGCUGAAUUUAUAUAUAAGUAGGUAGGCAGUGACCAUAAUUCUACUCUCUAUCUUUCAACAAUCAAGUCUCUUCUCUUCCCAUUAGCUUCAUUCCUCGGUUUUUAGGAAAUUUUUGGUGUUUGAGGAAGAUGGGUAGGCAACCAUGCUGUGACAAAGUUGGGUUGAAGAAGGGUCCAUGGACAGCAGAGGAGGACAACAAACUCAUCAACUUCAUCCUCACCAAUGGCCAAUGCUGCUGGAGAGCUCUGCCUAAGCUUGCAGGAUUGUUAAGGUGUGGGAAAAGUUGCAGGCUAAGAUGGACCAACUAUUUAAGGCCGGAUUUGAAGAGAGGUCUUUUAUCAGAAUACGAAGAGAAAAUGGUCGUUGAUCUCCAUGCUCAACUUGGAAACAGAUGGUCCAGGAUUGCAUCUCAUCUACCAGGAAGAACAGAUAAUGAAAUCAAGAAUCACUGGAAUACCCACAUCAAGAAAAAGCUUAGAAAAUUGGGCAUUGAUCCUCUCACCCACAAGCCACUCCCCGCCACUGAAACACCACCUCAAGAACAACAACAAGCCAUGGCUGAAUUACAGCAGAACAAAGAAACAAAAACAUCUGCAGAAUCAAGGAUUACUGAAGAGGAAACUUUAGAGGAGGAUAAAAGAAUGACAAGCACAUUUGAGACAAUAGAGCCAACGAAUAAUAGUUUUUGCGUUGAUGAAGUUCCCUUAAUUGAACCCCAUGAAAUGUUGGUCCCUUGUACUGCUGCGUCUUCUUCAUCAACAACAACGACGUCUUCAUCUUCAUCAUCCUCCCAUGGCUCAAACAAUAACUUGUUCCUUGAAGGCUUUCAAUUCGCAGAUUUUGAGUGGCCUGAUAAUGCUAUUGAUGACUUGUGGGGUGAUGACUUAAGUAGCAGUUGGGAUUUGUUAAUUAACGAUGCUGAUUCUGACAGAAAACAACUACAUUCUCAUGAGCUUCAUCAUCAUCAUGCUCUUAUCAAUCAGUGUUCAAAGAUGGUUUUUGAUCAAGAUUCUUGGACUCAUGGUAUCUCGUAAUUUCAAAAAAGAAAAAACAGAAAAAAAAAAAAAAAAGCUUGUGGGGCUUACUUGACACUUAUAGCUUGUUUGUUAGUUGCUUCAGAGAAGAUAUAAUAAAUCAAAGGAUCAGGGAAAUUCCGAGCUUUGAUUCCUUUUUUCUUUGCUUUGCUCAUUAUGGGGGAAAAUAUAAUAAAAAUGUGAAGGUGAAAACAUGGGAUUUUGUACAUGAAUUAUAUAAUUUUCGUCUUAUG